AUGUCAUCAUUGAACACCAUUGUGGCAAAAUCAGAGCGUGUAUGUAGUCAACACUUGUCUACUAAUGAUAUCAGUUGCAUAAAAGGAAACACAUUAUUGGCUAAAGGUGCUCUACCAUUAAUUCAAACAAAUCAGCUUAUGAUGACCAAUGACAAUGUUGAUGAUGAUGUUCGUGUAUUGGUUGUUAUUGGUAAUACAGGUGAUGGAAAAUCAACGUUUCUAAACCUGCUAAUGAAUAAUGAAAAUGCAUUUCAAGAAGGUAUUAGUGCAGAUCCAAUAACAGAAAAAACAUCGGUCAAAGAAUGUCAAUGGAAAAAUGAGAAAUUAUUGUUAUGUGAUACGCAGGGUAUAUCAGAUAGCCAAAAUUUAGAUAAUGAAAAUAUAAAACAAAUGGCAUUAGAAUUAAAACAAUUACCAUACAUAAAUAUGAUUAUUCUUAUUAUUAAUGGUAGCAAUGUACGUGUAUCAGUAUAUUUACAAGAAACAAUAAAAUUAUUCAUCAAUAUCUUUUCGAAACAAAUAUUUAAUCAUCUAAUUAUUGCUUUUACACAUUGGAGUUUAGAUCAAAAUGACGAUACAGAUGAAUCGAAUAUUGAAAAUGACUAUAAUGAAAAAAUAUCAAAGAUGUUUCAUAUAACUAAGCACAUACCAUGUUUUUUUAUCGAUUCAUGUUAUAAUCGUUUAAAUAAACGUGGUAAAUAUACAUAUGAUAAUGAGCAGUCCAUUCAGGAUGUCUGGAUUUCAGAGAGGAACAAAGAGCCGCUAAAAGUCGGAUUAUUUGUGACGAACCAAGAAUUAUAG